CCGGGAUCCGCGGCCAUGACAGUGCCGGCCCGCGGCCUCUCGCUGCUCCGUGGCCGCCUGGGCCGCGUGCGGGUACUGGGCGCGAGCGCCGCACCGCCCGCGGGGCCGCCAGCAGCGGCCGGGCGCGCGUUCCGGGGCUUUCGGAGCAGCGGCGUGAGACAUGAGGCCAUUAUUAUCUCAGGAACUGAAAUGGCCAAACAAAUCCAGAAAGAAAUACAGCAAAGUGUGGAAUCAUGGAUUUCCCUUGGGAACAGAAGACCUCACCUCAGUAUCAUUUUAGUGGGAGAUAACCCAGCAAGCCAUACGUAUGUCAGGAAUAAGAUAAGAGCUGCCUCUGCUGUAGGUAUCUGUACUGAGCUCAUUCUAAAACCUAAGGAUGUUUCUCAGGAAGAACUUUUGGAUAUAACUGGUCAAUUGAACAUGGACCCAAGAGUCAGCGGUAUAUUAGUUCAGUUACCACUGCCAGACCACGUUGAUGAGCGAGAAAUAUGCAAUGGAAUUACACCAGAAAAAGAUGUAGACGGAUUUCAUAUUUUAAAUAUUGGAAGGCUAUGCCUUGAUCAGCAUUCUCUUAUACCUGCCACUGCCAGUGCUGUUUGGGAAAUAAUAAAAAGAACAGGAAUUGAAACAUUUGGGAAAAACGUCGUUGUGGCUGGAAGAUCCAAGAACGUAGGGAUGCCCAUUGCCAUGCUUUUACACAGUGAUGGAGAGCAUGAACGGCCGGGAGGUGAUGCAACUGUGACAAUAGUGCACAGAUAUACCCCCAAAGAACAAUUGAAGACCCAUACUCAGCUGGCAGAUAUUAUCAUAGUAGCUACAGGUAUUCCAAAGUUGAUUACAUCUGAUAUGGUUAAAGAAGGUGCUGCUGUAAUUGAUGUGGGGAUCAACUACAUCCAGGAUCCAGUGACAGGAAAGACAAAAUUAGUUGGAGACGUUGACUUUGAAGCUGUUAAGAAGAAAGCUAGCUUUAUCACUCCAGUUCCAGGAGGCGUGGGACCCAUGACAGUGGCAAUGCUUCUGAAGAACACCCUUUUGGCAGCUAAAAAAAUCAUUUACUAGAUCAUGUGAAAGAAUAAAACAAACUGAAGUCAUGCUAUUUAUUUAUUUGACAAAGGGCAAAAACCUUUAGAUUUUACUACAAAUCUAUUUAUUCUACAUUGUAUUUAUUUUUUCACAGACAGAAUCAUGUGGGUCAAUGAUUCACACAACUUUACACAUUUCCUGCUAAUGAGUUUUGAGUUUCAGGAAAAAUCAAAACAGUUUCAAUCAAAAUUUUGGUAAUAAUUC